GUGGGAAUGUAGCCUUUCAGUGGGUGUCGCCGCUGCUGUCUGUGCAGGAUGGAGGGGACGGCCAUAGCAGUCUGCGAGAUUUUGAGAUAUUUAAUAAUUCACUGGAAGUAUGAAAUUGGAGUAUCAAAAGGAGCAUUGCUAGAAGAGCAGCUAGUGAUUUCCAUAGAAGCAUUAAAUUCUAAGUACCAGGCAAAUACUCUUCAUUGUAUAACAACUAUUGCUUCUGCAGGAAACAUUUAUGCUAGCUUGGUCUUCGAGAAAUUGCUAAAAGAAAUACAGUCUGCGUUACCUGGAUUCUCUGCAAAGCUGACUUGGAUUUCAGCGGAAGGCAGCUAUUCUCAGGACAUAUCAAGGGUUGAUGAAAAGUCCAAAACAUUGAUGACAGAUUGUCUGGUUAUAAAGCAUUUUUUACGCAAAAUCAUCAUGGUACACCCUAAGAUCAGAUUUAAUUUCAGUGUAAAGGUAAAUGGAAUCAUCUCCACAGAGAUCUUUGAGAUGGAAAAUGAACCCACUUUGAACCUGUUGAAUGGAAUUGCUCUUGUUGUAAACUAUCAGCAUUAUUGGAGACCAAAAUUCAGUACAACCAAAUCGCACUGUGACAGAAUCCACCCUGUACUAGGACAUCCAGUAACACUUUGCAUUCCUGAUGAUGUGGCUGGCUUAGACUUAUUGGAAGGACUGAUACUGACUCCAGCUGCUGCUCUGUGCCCCAACCCGAAGGUCUUUUGCAACCAGCUGAAUAGGAUUUCUUCAAUUUCCAUAUUUCUAUACAGACCUUUGGGUCUGCCUCUGAUAUUUUCAAGUCGGGAGCAGCCAAUUACUACUUUCUUCAGAGAGAACUCUUAUUUCAGUGACUGGAAGAAAUACCGCUUGUAUAUGGUGCCCAAUUUUGAUCUCAACUUGGAAAGAGACUUGGUGCUUCCGGAUGUGAGUUAUCAGGUACAACCCAGUGAGGAAGAUCAGUCUCAGAAUAUGGACUCUCAGGAACAAACUCUGCUACUUUUUCUCUUUGUGGAUUUCCACAGUGGAUUUCUGUUUCAGCAAGUGGAAAUCUGGGGAGUCCACACUUUGCUCACAACUCAUCUUAGUGCCAUCCUCAUGAAAAGCCACAGUGUGGUGCGAGAUUCCAUCCAGUUCACUGUGGACCAAGUCUUAGAGCAGCAUCACGAGGCUACCAAGGCUCAUCAGAAACUUCAGGCCUCACUCUCAGUGGCCGUGAAUUCCAUCAUGAACAUCGUGACUGGAAGCACCAGCAGCAGCUUCCGAAAGAUGUGUCUCAAGACCCUUGAAGCGGCUGACACACAGGAGUUUGGGACAAAACUGCAUAAAGUAUUUCAUGAAAUCACCCAGCACCGAUUUUUUCACCACUGCUCAUGUGAGGUAAAGGAGCAGCUGACCACAGACAGAAAAGAUUUGGCCCAGAGUGCUGAGGAUGCACACAAGAGCAGCAGCCCAGAGCUCUUUGCUGAGUCCAGCGGGCAAGCAGAAAAGAGGCUCAAGAGCGGCAGCCUCCCCCAAGGCGUAGAUGAGGGGCAACCUCUCCAGUCUGCCGGAGCCCAGAAGCAGUCAGGCGCUCCGCACCACCCGGAGCCCGUGGCGGUCCCCCUUCCCACUGGUAGAAGGGUCUGCGAGGCCCACGGCAGGGCGCCGGGAGGGGAGAGCUCCGGGAGUCGCCUCGAGGACGCGCUGUGGCUGCAGGAGGUCGCCAAUCUGUCGGAGUGGCUGAGUCCUGGCCCUGGGCCCUGACCUUGGCCCUCUCCCGCUAGUCCUCGCCG